CUCUCUCUCACCUAAAUAAUUCUGCUAACUCCAUUUCACAUCAUCUUCGUCCUCGUCGUUAUCAUCUUGAUGCUGUUAUCUCUCUAUCCCUCUCUCUCCCCGUGACAGCAAGAACCCAAGAACCCAAGAAUCCCCACCGCCAUCUCCCUCUCCCUCUCAAGGAGCCACCUUUCUGCCUGGAACUGCAACAUGCUCCACUGCAGCACUUAACCCAUCUUCCGUUUCUCUCUCCUCUUUCCGUGUGAAGACGAAGGAGGCCAAACGAUCUUCUUCCGACGGCGAGCACACAUGCCGAUCAAGAGCCUCAUCCACGACAUGCGCUCGCGCUCGAGCCGCGCGGUCCACGACGGCUCGGCGGCUGCGGCGGCGUCGGCGGCGGCGGAGGAGGCAGCGGCGCGGGCGGCGGCGGAGGCAGACGGCUUGAGCCUGAGCUGCUGGGCCAACAUGCCGCAGGAGCUGCUGCGGGAGGUGCUGGUGAAGAUCGAGGCGUCGGAGGGGUCGUGGCCGUCGCGGAAGAGCGUGGUGGCCUGCGCCGGGGUGUGCCGGAGCUGGAGGCACCUGGUGAAGGAGAUCGUGAAGGUCCCUGAAGUCUCCGGAAUCUUGACGUUCCCCAUCUCGGUUAAACAGCCUGGGCCUAGGGAAUCUCUGCUGCAGUGCUUUAUCAAACGAAACAGGUCCAAUCAGACGUAUCAUCUCUAUGUCGGUUUGACUAAUGCACUUAGCGAUGACGGGAAGUUUCUUCUCGCUGCACGCAAGUGUAGACGCCCCACCUGCACAGAUUAUGUGAUCUCCCUGCAUGCUGAUGAUGUCUCUAAGGGUAGCUGCACCUAUGUUGGAAAACUAAGGUCUAAUUUUCUUGGAACCAAGUUCACAAUCUCUGAUGGGCAACCACCUCAUCCAGGAGCAAAGAUGCCAAAAAGUCGCUCAACCAGGCUAGUCAGUUCAAAACAGGUUUCACCUAGGGCUCCAGCGGGAAACUAUCCGGUGGCCCACAUUUCUUAUGAACUGAAUGUGUUAGGUUCAAGAGGACCAAGGAGAAUGCACUGUACUAUGGAUGCCAUCCCUGCCUCAGCAAUUGAAGCUGGGGGAGUUGCCCCAACGCAGACAGAGUUGCCUCUUAGCAGUGUCGAGUUCUUUCCCUCACUUCCUUUUUUCCGAACAAAAUCAAAUCGCGCGGAGAGUGUUAGUUCAGGACCUCUGGUUAGUCAGAAAGAUGGAGCCUUGGUGUUGAGAAAUAAGGCUCCUAGGUGGCACGAACAACUUCAGUGUUGGUGCUUGAAUUUUCAUGGACGAGUAACAGUUGCCUCGGUCAAGAACUUUCAGCUGGUUGCUUCUCCAGAAAAUGAACCUGCUGGGCCCCAACAUGAGAAGAUCAUCCUCCAGUUUGGGAAGGUGGGGAAGGAUUUAUUUACGAUGGAUUAUCGGUAUCCCAUCUCAGCAUUCCAGGCUUUUGCAAUCUGUCUCAGCAGCUUUGACACAAAGAUUGCGUGUGAGUGAAUAGUGAACAGGGGAUGCCUAGUCUGUCGCAAGGUAAAACUCUUCUGAGCAGGCAAUGACAGUUUCUGGAUGAUGGUGCACUCGUGGGAUGCAGAAGCUGCUUGCGAUGAAGUGUGAAAUUAUUUAGUCAUUUAGCUCGGUCCUUGAGUUAGUGAAUAAUUGGAGAGAUUUUGGCAUUUGAGCUUAGGCGAGAACAUUGUAGCCCAUUGUCCACUGUCCAUGUCCUAUUUUGUUUCUGUACAUAAGUUUCUCGUGUACAUGAAGUUGUUGGUGCUUCUGUGUAUGUUAUACGCUAAUCGAUCUUUGAAUGGGAAGGUAUCCCUUUGAUGGUAAGCGUGGCAAUCAA